CACCGUCUGCAGGAGUAUCCAAAGAGGAAUUCCUCGCGCAUGCUGAGCUGCGGCACGGGCACGCAUACAACUCCUGCUUCCUACACGGCAUCAUACAAAAAUAAACACCUCCAUAAACAUUGGUUCACUGCAGCACCGUGUCCCGCAAUCCCAUCACAUGUUCAAUAGACGGAGCCUGCUCUCACAGUAUCCUCCGUUUGACUGUGUGUGGAUUACUAUCAGUCAUGGUGUGUCAGCUGUAGAGCCGUUGGUUGUAGCUGCUGCUCAGGGGCAGAGGCGGAUCAAUGGAAGUGCGUUGAGUAACGAGGUGAUGUUCCUGUUUUCACAUGGUCUGAGAGCAAUCAGCAGCCUUCACGCACUGCUCUGCUUCUACAUUGCAAUAACCGUCCUCCUCUACGGACUAUUAAUGCAGUGACUUAUAGUAUUAUUCUAAUAUUAGACACACUAGCUGGACAUUUGCUCCUGUGCACGCCACAGCUGUCAGAGCACCUUAAAUACUAUUUUUCUCUCUCCGACCGUAAAGGUUUGGAGUGGACACAGUGCCGUGUUUACCUUCUGGACUAUUUUUUGCUUCUGAAAGCUGGGGACUGAGAGUGAGAGCCUGCAGGUGCCCUCGCCAUGGUGUUGCCGCCCCCAGACAAACGUCACGUGUGCCUGACCACCAUCGUCAUCAUGACCAGCAUGGCCUUCAUGGACGCCUACCUGGUGGAGCAGAACCAGGGUCCCAGGAAGAUUGGGGUGUGUAUUAUAGUGCUGGUGGGGGAUGUUUGCUUCCUCAUAGUGCUGCGAUACGUGGCGGUGUGGGUCGGUGCCGAGGUGCGCACCGCACGACGAGGAUACGCCAUGAUCCUCUGGUUUCUGUACAUCUUUGUCCUGGAGAUCAAGCUCUACUUUGUCUUCCAGAAUUGCAAGGCAGACAAAAAGAGUUUGGAGACGGUGGCCCGGAAGGCUUUGACGUUAUUAUUAUCCGUCUGUGUGCCGGGUUUGUACUUGGUUCUAGUGGCUCUGGAUAGUAUGGAAUAUGUGAGAACUUUCCGGAAGAAGGAGGACAUGAGGAGCCGUCUCUUCUGGGUGGCUCUGGACCUGCUGGACCUGCUGGAUAUCCAAGCCAACCUGUGGGAGCCCCAGCGGACAGGCCUGCCCAUCUGGGCCGAGGGCCUGAUGUUCUUCUACUGCUACAUCCUGCUGCUCAUCCUGCCCUGCGUGUCGCUCAGCGAAAUCAGCAUGCAGGGCGAGCACAUGUCGCCCCAGAAGAUGAUGCUGUACCCGGUUCUGAGCCUGGUCACCAUAAACGUGGUCACCAUCCUCAUACGAGGCGUGAACAUGGUGCUGUUUCAGGACAGCCGCGUUUCCACCAUCUUUGUCGGAAAGAACGUGGUGGCCAUCGCCACGAAGGCGUCCACUUUCCUGGAGUACCGCAGACAGGUGAAGGAGUUCCCCCACCCGCAGAACGCCAUGGCGCUGGAGCUGCAGCAGAACAGCCACACGCAGCCGCUGCCCAACGCCACCAGUUUGCCACAUGAACCUUCGCCGGCGCAGGACGUCAUCGACACAUGACCGCCAGCGACGGACUGAGCACCAUUAGAAACUGACUGCUUUUUAUGAAAGCUCUAGGAGUGGAGGUAGAUAGAGAAAUCAGCUGCAUGACAGGAUAAUAUUCUGCUCUUGUCAAGCCCACACGAACUGCUGUGAAACCAUAAAAGAGAUUUUCAGCAUCACCUGCCUGUCAGAACAUAUUGUAAACCUACACUUGACUCUGAGUGCAGCGUGCAGACUUUGAAAUCAAAGGUUUUUAUCGUGCUAUUGUGUUUUUAAUUGUUUCAAAUGUUUUAAAAGUUCAAACUUUUAUUAGAGACAAUCUCCACAACGCGCAGCCCAGUGACAUUAUGUUGUGUAAAAUGGACAGUUGGUCCCCGCUCGGUGAGUAUCUUGUGUUUUUUAAAGGUCACUUUUUCAACAGUGCAUUUGUGGCAUUUCCUGUGAAAUCCAGCACCAAAGGACGUACCACUCAGCGUGAAGCACUGACAGGAGAGGAGGAGAGGAGGAGCGGAGAGCGACAAGGGUCAGUCAUGGGGGGCUAUCUGUGCUGUGCUAGAGCAAGGUUGGUGGCAGACGAAUGCUUUUCCUUCUGUUUGGUUCUGCUGAGAAAUGAGCUCUGUGGAAGCUGCUGCCUCGGUCAGUGUGACGCUUUACGACCAAAGGUCUGAUUAAAGCACCAGAGCUCAGCACUAUACCAUCCACUGCAGGCAUCCAAGCGUGUGUUUUACUGUGUGUGUAUGUGUGCGUGUGUCUAUGUGCACGCACACUAAUCUGUAGAGUAUGUGUGCCUGCAAGCGUAUACGUGAUCACCACAGGAGGUUUGGGUUACUUCAAAUUGUUUUGGAACAGAUGUGAAUGGUUGAUGUGUGUGAUGAAUUGCAAAUGAGACAAAAUAUGUAGUGAUGUCAGAAAAAAAAAACUAAUACGAUGGGGGUAAGAUGCUUUUUGUUUCCUGUACUGUACAUUCCUCGAAAACUAGCUGAAGCCUUGAAGUCACAGAAUACAGAGAGUCCAGAGAGCGCCUCACUGAAGAAUUGACAAAAGAUAAAGCAUAAAUACUAAAACAUACAAACAGAAAAUACUUUUUUUCUGAUGUUCUUCAGUUUAUUAUUAUUAUUAUGAUUAUUAUUAUUAUUAUUAUUAUGUAUAUUCUUUACUUGUUGGAGGCCAAUGAUGUUUUAAUAAAAGUAUGAAUAAAA